ACACACACACACGAACAUACCCCCCCAACACACACACACACACACACACACGCACAUUCACACACGCACACACACACAAACACACACACACACACGCACACACACACACACACGCACACACACACACACACACACACACACACACACACACAGUGAGGAGCUCACUGGGAAUAUCACGUAUCGCUUCGGAAUGGCACGCCGGCUCCCAGGUGUGCGCAGUCGGCAGAGGAGGAUGGAGGGAAUACGUCUUCAUCUCGCAGAGCUGCCACACGUUUACUUUCUAUUUCUUCUUCUCGCGCUAAUUCUUGGAGGGCUUUUUCACACAGCCGUACCGCCGUUUUUGUUACUAAUUUGCUCCGCAAACGGAAACGUUUUGAAAAUGGAAGCAAUUUUUCCCCAUCAUAAAAAAUGUAAAUCCAGUGAACCCGUUCCAGACACCGAAAAUGUGAACAAAAAAUAGAUUUCACAGAGAAUAAUUAUAGUUUUACAUGUGGAAAACAAUGUGAAAUAAUUAGGGGAGUCACGAGACGAGACAAGACAUGAACAUAUAUCAUAUAUCAUAACAAUAUAUUGCAAUCUGCUAAUUUAAUUUCUUCUAUGUUACACUCUUCUCCACUCUGUGUGUAUGCUAGCCACCCCCCGCCCCCUCCCACCGAGACUGUAUGACUGACAAAAGGGCUCACUCCGUUCAUGUUGUUGUUCUAUGGAAGAAACGCGCCAAGGUGCUGAAACCAAUGCACAGAGUGAACUCUCUUCCUGCCUGUUUGGAGGUGAGAGACGAGGAAAACAGACACGCAUGCACAUGGCGAUAUAUUGAGGCCGGCAAAAUGGAUCAAUCAGGUGUGUCCAAAGUGCAGCUUGACUAAAAAAACUGCAAAGAAGGAAAAGUCAGCAGCCAUUUUACAAGAAUAAAGUCAAAAUAUUAAGAGAAAAAUUGUAAUCUAACGAGAAAAGGUUGUAAUGCUCUCAGGAAAAAUAAAAAAAUAAAAAAUGUAGCAUUCAGCUGAAAUAGAAAGACAAAACAAAAGUUGCAUUUUGGGUCAUGAGGUUGGGUAGCGUUAAGAGAAUGUUGUUCAAAUGUUACGGGAAUAAAGUUUCAAUUGUGAAAUAGUUUGAAAAUAAAGAAAAAAAACAGCUGUGAUUUUACGAGAAUAAAACGGAACAAAAUUUUAAGAGAAAAAGUUGUAUUCUAACGAGGAAAAAGUCGCAAUUUCACGAGAAUAACCUCGUAAUAUUAUGAGGAAAAAUAAUGUCAUUUUAGUAGCACACAGUCAAAAUAAAGUAAAAGUAAGUAAAAAAUAUGAUUUUUUUAAAAGUCGUAAUGUUAUGAGACACAAAAUAAAACAAAAUAAGGUUGGGGAAAAAUAUUACGGGAUUAAGGUCCAAAUGUUAAAGGAAUAAAGUCAUAAUAUUUACGAAGAUUAUUUAUUACCUGUCAUUUACCUGCUAGCAGUUUGCAAUUUUUUACCAUUCAGAUUUGAGUGUUUUGCAUUUUGUUCCGUUAUCGUACCCGAGAUGAGGCGGCUCGUGACCAUAAACGGAGGUAUGCGGCGAACUGGGAUUCCGCCCAAUAUUUCUAGUUUUUAUAUUCAAGUGUGAAACCGGAAAACAUUUUUUCCAUCUUGUCUUUUUCACUUUCCACUUUCUUCAGGCUUUAAUUGGAUAGAAUGAUCUUGCAAUUAGGCGUGACAGCGCCACCUGUAGAUCGGGCCUGCCGUUGACAGCGUGCGUGCGGCGUGGUCGUAUGCUUUGUUUUCAAACAGCAAAAGAAUGACGGGGAAGGGAAUAUGAUUUAAAGGGAGUACAAGUAAAAUAAUAAUACAUCAGAAGAACGUGAAAAGGUGUUGGAGGCCCGCUUCCGUCUUUCUCCGUCUCGCUGUGACUGAAAGCAGCCGUUACGUCUGUUUGAUGUGUGACUGAUAAAUAAUAAAUACAUCGGCUUUAGCAAGAUAUGCUCUUUCAAGUCUUGAUAUAUGCACCGCAUGUGCAUUAACAUCACCACCCCCCCACACAGGGGCUGUAUGUAAAUGACUUUAAUGGGCUCUUCUGUUCCCAUUUAAUCAGCAUGGAAGUUCUGGGAUGCAGCCGUGUGCUCAGCGGUGUCAAGGCGUCGUGUUCGGGCCCGGCCGGCUGAGCUUUACACGGCUGCCUCGCCACGAUUGGCCGAGACACGAGCCUGUGUGUGUGUGUGUGUGCACAUGUGUGCGCGCGUGCGUGAGGUGGUGUUCUUGAGAGGGAGUCUGGCUGUGAGGGAAUGAAAUAUGAGAGGAAUGCUGGAUGUGUGGCAGUCUUCUCGCCUCCUCGCUUCUUCAGAGAGGACUCGAUAAUGGAGCCUGCAGCAUCCUCAACCCCCCUCCCUCGCCGCCUCCUCCCCACGUCUGCAAGCGUUUUAUGGGCUGGGGGUGGGGGGGUGGGGGACGCGAGCUAUAAACAAAAAUGCAUUUGGCCAAUUUCCUUAUCAAGUGGAAUGAGUUGCCUCACAUUUCAGCUUCUACGUCGCCUCUCUGGUUGCCCCCCCAGGCCCGUCUUCGUGAACCUGAUACUGGGAUCGGUGCUGCUAAUUCCCUGCACUCACACGGCUCGGCGUGGUGUCAUAAUUUGCCAGCCAUUGAUUUAUGUCUCCUCUUACAGCAGCAGGCCGCAUGGCGGAAGCUUCUGGGCAUAUUAUUCCUGAUCCCUCCGCCAUGUGUGCCGCGGCGGCCCAAGCCCAACAGAACUCUUCAUUUCCGUCCCACGCCAGCGCGAUACGGAGGAACACUCUGGGUCCCUUAGCGUUGCUCCUCACCACUUUGUGGUGUUCCUCAGCGGGACGGCCGGGAGUUUCACUCAGGGGAGAUCCAAUGGGCAGGUGGCUCCUUGGCGGGGGCUUCUGUCAUCAUGUUGUCCCCCAGCAGGCGACGGUGGGCGGGUGAGGUGUUCAACAUGAGGCUCUCCCGGUCUUCACGUGACCCAAGGAAGCAGCAAAUGCUCCUUCUGAAGCUGAACUGACAGCGUCAUGAAAGAUGCAAGGAUGCUGUAUGUUUUUCCAUAUGUUUCUCUUGCGUGAUAUGAAAGUUUCAGCUGCUUAUCGAAGCGCCGCAAGCUAGCUGACGAGAGCGAUGCAGACAGGCCAGCAUGAAGAAUCCGGGCCGCGCGCAGGUCACUCACGUUACGCUGGAGGGGGGCAGGGGCUGAUGAGUGGCAGCACAUGCAGAAAAAAACCCACGUCGUUGGAAGGGAAGGCGUGGCAGAGGAAGUCCAGCUCAUACAUUGCUAAUGGCUGCAGUCAGUAAUAUAGGUCUCAUUCAUUAUGGAUGUGACCCCCCACACAAACACACCCAUGCACACGUAACAACCUCAAAGAUGGUUGUUUGCUAGAAAUGCGCUGACCGCAUUGGACUCAAACACUCUUUAAUGCUGUACGUUGUUUCCCACAGGGCUGCAAUCUAUUUGUGGUGGGUUGGGGGGGGGUGACGUAAUCGUCUAAUUUGCAAAUUGGCAAAUUUAAAAACAUGAAAUGCAAAACAAGUGCGUUUCGAAAUACUAAUGAACUUUCUUGCUGCUUUUUGGCUUUCUUUUUUUUUUGAGUGGCACAAACCCGACGGCGCCAUCUGUGACUGCUCUUAGAUGGGGGAGGGGCUGGUUGAGAAGAGGCAUACGUGCUUUCAUGUCGCGUCUCCAAAAGUCUUCACUAGAUUUGUCGCUGAGACGGGAUGGUGCCUAACAUGCUAUCCCCCGAAAACGUUGACAGCCACCGUACCACAGAAGUCAUAUGCGAGACUGGAACAGGGUUCCUCUUCAGAGAUCAAUUGGACUUCGCUAAACCUUCGCUGGCCGCUAAUUGCUCUCUCCAGCGCUGGCAUCGUAUUCGCUUGUAUCUUGAAUUUAAUUGUAAACUGUCCUGGAGACCCCUAGACUCACUUAGGGCCAGCUGUUAGGGCCACUCUUACAAAUAGCUAUUUUUCUCACGUCUAAAUGCACAUACGUACACGGCAUGAUGUAGGGACACUGUAAGACAUGCCAUCAUGCUAACUGCUAGCAUGUUAGCAUUUUACCUCAUUUACUCAUGUCUAAAUACAAAUGCACACUAUAGAACUGCCUUGGUACUUUUUGUAUUUAGUGCGAUCUUACUAGAUGCUAGCAUGCUAACUGUUAGCAUGUUACCUUUUUCUUAAUUUAUUAUUGUCAACAUGUAAAUGUAUACAUGGCAUGAUAUAUAGGGUCACUAUAGAACUGGCUUGGAACUUUGGUGCUAACAUGCUAACAGUUUGCAUUUUAGCUAAUUUACGCAUGUCUAAAUGCAAACGCACACUACAGAACUGCCUUGGCACUUUUGGGACUUAGUGCCGUCUUAUUAGGUGCGAGCAUGCUAACUGAUAGCAUGUUAGCUUUAUUUUUAUUUAAUAUUGUCAACAUGUAAAUGUAUACAUGGCAUGAUAUACAGUAGGGUCACUAUAGAACUGGCUUGGUACUUUUGCUACUCAGGAUGCUAACUGUUAGCAUGAUAGCUAUUUAGCUAUUUUACUCAUGUCAAAAUGCUUAUUGUAUGAUGUAGGUGCACGAUUAACGUGCCAAGAGCUUGCUAGCAAACACCGGGCCAGAGGUUCACACAACACCGGGCACGGCCAUCAAAAUUUCAGCUGGAAUUUUGUGGUUUGCAUUGCUGUCUGAAUUCAAUUGUAAACUGUCCUUGAGACUCCUGGACUCGUUUCACAGCUGUUAGGGUCCCGACAAGAGUGAAAGUUAGCAGAGGAAACGUGGAGCAAAAUGGAGGAUGAGCGAAGCGGCAGUGGGAGUGCGAUGCUUUGGCAUCUUAACGCAGAUUUGUUAACAGCAGCGUAGCUAAGAAGUCCCCCCCCCAAGCGGCGUUGCGCUAUAAGAGUGCUUGUAGUUUCAUAACCCCCUGAAGGAGGUAUCACAUUAUGUUGUGUGGCGCUGCUCACCAUCUGCUUAUUGGGCUAAAAGCAGCAAUCCCAAAGGUGGCGUUGACUUAAUUGACAGCUUGCGAUGAACAAUCAACGGUUUUACAGCGUAGGACAAAGUUUAGCCGCGGCGCCGCUGCGGCUGCUCCUGUCGCAGGCUAACCCGCUAAACUUUGUCUGCCCUGUUUUCCCGUUUCUACCCGAGCGAGCGCGCUCAUAAAUCAAGCCUCCUGUUGGGCGCCAUUACCGAGCACUUCCUUCGCCACCAUCCCCCCAACCCUACGCCCCCGCCCCCCCCUUCCUCUUCCUCGGCAGCGGCCUAAACAAUGCAUGAAGCUCUCAAAAGGCAAAAUGCUGUACCACUUAGCAAAUGAAUAUUUUAUAGUGUGUAACGCCACGUACAGCCCGCCUCUUGACUCGCUGCCUUCUCCGCCGCCCCGCCCCCUCCCGCCGCAGAGAGCCUUCAAAUACUGAUUGACUGUCCCGCAGGGUCGAGGGUCAUCUGCAGUCCAAGCAACAUCUGCCACUUCCAGGAGAAUUCCAAUUGCUUCUUUCGUUGAGGAGAAGUGUGCGGGAUGCUCUAAUUCUUUUUCUCAGACACUUGGCGUCACGUGACAGCCAGCGCCAAGCGCCCAAACGGGGGGGACGCCAUUGAAAGGCUCCAAUAAAGGGGGGGUAUAUAAGAGUGAUGUAUCGCAGUUGCAGUUGUGGCUUCAUUUACGCCCACAAGCCCGCCUGGCCGCGUUCUGCGGUGCCGUCAUUCCGAGGCAAUCAUCCGGAAGCUUCCUUAAUGCGCCGCCUUUCACGCAGGGAUCAGCGAGCUUUCUCCUGAGGUCACCGAACUUUGGGCUAAUGAUCUGAUCCCGGCGUGAGCAAACGUCGUCGACCCGCGAGAGAACGAGAUGGCGUCUCCGCCUUCUUUGGGUUAGCGCUUAGCGUUAGCAUGACGGGUAGCCGUGUGGGAAACAAAGCUGGCAACUUUUGUUUUAGAAAACAUGGGACGUUUUCCGGAAAAUGAGGGAAAAUAAAAGUAUGACAUUUCUUGGCUGUGGGGGAGUACCCGUGGAAAAGCCACACUCACACGGGGAGAGCCUGCAAACAUCGAACCCAGAUCUUCUCCUGUGUGGCCAACAUGUUAACCACUAAGCCACCGUGCGGCCUACUACAGUAUAUAAUAUAAGAAAAUGUAACAAUAUUCCAAAAUUGAUCAAAUCAUUCGCCUUUCCCUUUCUAUUACAUAGAAUUGUUUGCACAAAAUAAAGUCAACAGUGCAAAAUAAGUGAAUAUUAACAUAACUCAUGUACCGUCGUUUAUUUUUAAGCCUUUUUUUUCGUAUUUUGUGCCUAAAUGAAGCAUUUCCAUUUUUAACGUCUUGGAGGUGUCCCAACACUUUCAAUGUAAAACAAGCAUGGCGUUGCCAGAAGAGGCAAGUAGCACAUUGCUGCCUCCUGCCGGUUAAGGAGAGAAUGACUCAAUGCUGCCCACUGGCUGUCAGUUGUGGUAUUGCCUCGUGUGUACGACAACUUCUACUUUUCUUUCUGCCUUCUUUGGCCACCAUGUCAGCUCCUCUCGCCCCUGUCACGCCGUCACUCCCCCCACUCUGAUCAAUAUUUGGGGCUGAAUCGGCUGAAAGGGGGAAAGCGUCCAGUAGAAAUGGAGGAGACAGCGCCCUGGAGGACAGCCAGCCCAUCUCGCUGGCUUGUUUAUGCUCCAGGAAUGAUUCCCGAUAGCGGAGAACCUGCGGACACGUCAGCAUGUGUCCACGUUGAGGGAUGGCCACACCCCCGCCCACCGUGUUUCAUUAUCGGCACCGACGUGUUUCUGUAUUCUUUGUAAAAAUCUUCCCGAUGCGGUCAUGUUGUGUCCGCGACUGGCCGCCUGUGCGCUGGUCCUCGGGGGACCUCCUGGCUGGUGUUUGUCCGGGGAUUUUGGAGGCCAACACACACUUCAUCACUUUGACAUUGAUUAAAAAUACAUGCCUCUCUUCUUCAGCCGUGUCUCGCUGCGCAUCCAAAGCGGCUCUGGUCACCGUGUUCGGCCCUUUCUGGGUGCUUUAAUUGCGGUGCUGCUCUGGGCGGCGUGACGGAGCCCAUGGGGCCUGGGGGCGGCCCACCACACACACACACACACACACACACACACACAAACAGGUUUAAAGCAGCGCAGAGUGAGAGAUCAUCAAACACGGGUGGGCAAACUACGGCCCAGGCUUUAUAAUCCGGUCCGUAGGAUGUUUCUGUAGUGGAAGCUGCAGUUGGCAAUAGGAUUUGCGAUGCUGUUUUUAAAUUAGCAUAAGUCUUGAACUCUCAAAAUGAUUCCGGUAGUUUCUGAAGCUCUUCCUAGUGAUAUGUGGGUCAUUACGGCAAUCAUAGAGACUACGUCACAGCAUCUACAAGAGGAGGCGGCUUUGAUACAAAGUGGUUUCACUGAUUUUGUGUUUUUGCUUGAUGCAAAACGUGGAGGAGGUCGUCUGGGAAGCACAGAAGGAGCGUAGUCUUCAUAUUCAAUAUUCUAUAGUUCAUAUUGUUAAUCCCACAUCCUUUAUUAAUGUACAUUCUGGGGGUCUUGUUCAGUAAAAAACAAUGUAAAAGUCAUUUGCGUUUUUUGGGAUGGUUUGUCAUGAUAACAUUUUUAACGUGUAGUUACAGUAUGUACAACAACCUCCCACAUCUGGCAAAGACGAUGUUUUCAUGUGAUUUCUGGCUUGGCUUCAAAUGUGGAAAUACGUUCUUGGUGUAUAAAUAUUUAAUAUACUAAAUACCAAAAAAAAAGAAAAAAGUCCUGGUUAAAAAGUUAAAGAGACAUCUUCUCCACAGUGACGGCAAGAGUGAGUGCUCCUCUCGUCAUUAGACAAUCUUUGACGUUUUUUCUUCACUGGGUGAAGCACAAGCUAGCAGCGGCAGAAACAAAGUCUGAAAAAGCUCUCAAACAAGCCGUCUUUGCUCUAAAACUUAUGGCACGCAUACAGCACAUGCACGUCACAGAAAGCUUCACUGAAGCAAGAAAAGGUAACCAAGAGGCCGCCAACCCCCCGGAAGCGAUGGCCCAGCCCUACACCCCGGCCCAGUACCCCCCGCCCCCACAGAACGGCAUCCCCGCCGAGUUCGCCGCGCCGCACCCGCUCCCGACGCCGGACUACAGCGGGCAGAGCCGCGUCCCCGAGCACGCCAUGACGCUGUACACGCCCACUCCCACGCACAGCGAGCCGGCGGGCACAGACAGCAGCACGCCCAGCAUCACCGCCACCACGACCGCACCGGUCAGUGUCGCUCAGCACCUGCAAACAUUCUUCUCCUCCACAGGCCGCCAGCAACAGACAGAUGAUGUGACGCAAACGGACGUCUCCCAACACUCAGACUCUUCGGAGAAGCAGCAGCCUAAAAGGUUACACGUCUCCAACAUUCCCUUCCGCUUCCGGGACCCCGACCUAAGGCAAAUGUUUGGGCAAUUCGGAAAGAUUUUAGAUGUGGAGAUUAUCUUUAACGAGCGAGGAUCCAAGGGCUUUGGGUUUGUAACUUUUGAAACGAGCACAGAUGCCGACCGUGCACGGGAGAAACUAAACGGUACAAUCGUAGAGGGACGGAAAAUCGAGGUGAACAACGCCACAGCGCGAGUGAUGACAAACAAAAAAGUGGCCAACCCUUACACGAACGGCUGGAAGCUGAACCCGGUGGUCGGCGCCGUCUACGGUCCCGAGCUCUACGCCGUCACAGGCUUCCCCUACCCCGCCACGGGCACCGCCGUGGCCUACAGGGGCACCCACUUGCGAGGUCGGGGUCGGGCCGUGUACAACACGUUCCGCACGGCCCCGCCACCGCCGCCAAUCCCGGCUUACGGAGCGGUGGUGUACCAAGAUGGCUUCUACGGUGCAGAGAUCUAUGGUGGAUAUGCAGCAUACAGGUUCGCCCAACCCACCACCACUGCUGCUUACAGCGACAGCUACGGCAGAGUCUAUGCAACAGCCGACCCCUACCACCACACGAUCGGCCCCGCCGCCACGUACAGCGUGGGAACCAUGGCUAGCCUUUACAGAGGAGGGUACAGUCGCUUCACUCCCUACUAAAAGAACGAAAGAAAAGAGAGACGUUACACCCCCAAAUAAACUAACAAAACUAUUUCAAAAAGGCUAAAACAAGUUGGUCCACGGUGAGGAGAUAAAAGUAAAUUAAAACUUCCAGCGCCCCGCCCCACACCCCAUGACACCCACGCAAGCUGGUUUUUUCUCCACCCACCUUUUUAACGUCAUCACCGGGUCCCUGCACAUGACUGCUGCACACGGCGUCACCACUAGCGCCCCCUGCUGCAUGCAUGAUGCACGCUCAGCGGUGCCCCUGGAGGCGGACGCCGCCGCCGCCCGACCGACACCAGAAGGCACCAAGGCACGUGGAGGAAGUGACUCCUCAUUGUUCACGUGUCAAACGACCACCCCCAUGCUGAUUUGGUCACUCUCCGUCCUGCGCUCGAGUCCCAACUCGAGCCGUCGCACUUUGGUGCGUCUGAGCUGACGGGCGGCGGCAGUCCAUGUCUCCAUGUUUUUAACGAGUGUCUUUACUGAUGAUGUGCACUUCCUGUGUUGAUUUCUAUUAUGGGAUGGAAGUGCAGCAUGCAGUACACAUCAAGUCAAGUGUCUUGUCUUCAUGUUUGUGCUUAGUUGCCUGCUACUAACUGUAGAUUCUUGUAUCAGAGUCCACAUGCAGCUCUUGUGCACGAAAAACAAACAGACGAGCAGGACAUGCAAAGGUUACUAUGAAUGAAAAUAUGAAAGGUACUCAUAAUCCUAAACAUUAAAUAUAAAGCUGGAUUCAGUGGUUUUUGGGUACACUUUGGAAAGAUUUGGUGCUACCUCAUCCUCACACACAUACGACAAUACGACUGAGUGUCUUGUCGUGACAACUCCGUACAGCAGAUGGCACCGUGAGCCGCAUCCUCGGAAGCACUUCAGUCCCUGACGUGAUUGAUCAACUUUGCUUAAAAAUAACUCAUUAACAGCUGUAACUUAUUUCAUUAAUUAGGUCAAAUUCUUUAGCGUUGUUAACGCAUGUGCACCAGAGCGAGCACGCCUCUCUUUUAUGACGGCAGACGGGAGCACAGCGGAGCGUCCCCGCACAGUCACAGAGUCUGACCCGAACACAUCAACAGCAGCACCUUUCGGUAUCGCCAAGACCCACACGUCUCUAGUCUGUUCGUCCUGGGAACCACACUUCCUCGUUGUCAUUACAAGAACGCGAGAUGCUUUCAGUGGCGCUACGACCAUCACAAAAACUUGUGUGUAAAUAAACAGGAAGAUAAAGAAAAACAUGAAGUGGAUAUUCUUAUCACUCACUUCGUAGCUCUUCAUUUGGACGUACAGUUUGCUACAUUUCAGUAUGCUGGAAAAUACCCUGAAAAGUGCAUCGACCUCAACCCCUCAUCGCUCAUAAUAACACGCUUUAAAGUGAGAUUCAAAUGUUCUGCACCAUUUAGGAGACUAGUGUUAGACAAAUGCUUGACAUGUUCGGUUCAUUUGGAGCCGCUACUACAUACAAAUGAUAUCAAAUGUUUCUUUCUCUCCAUUAAAUACACUAAACAUGGGCGUAUUUCACAUAGUUGCUAAUGGUGAUUAAUCAUGAUGAAUUCAUUUACAGUAGAAACUGAUUUAAAUGUCAUCAUUUCACAGCCCUAAUUGUAUUUUUUUUUUAAUGUUCUGCAAUGUUCAAUUUUUGAAAACAAACGGUAAAUUGUCAAAAAUGCCAUUUAUAGUUGAUGGCGCCAGCCAUGACGAGCUAGCUCUCGCUGUUCAGUCUCAUUUCCGGAAAUGACGCCUUCGCAGUACUAUCGCUCAGGUAAACAAACAUGGCGGUGUACAAGACAGAGGAUGUUCACAGUGAUUAUAGCAAAGAUUUGAGAGGUGUGUCAAUAGUUUUGGAGGAGAAACAUUUGGAGAUGAAGGCUGCUCGCCUUCCAAACACAGAAUGGUAAGUGUAAAUGACCCUGGAGUUGCUUAUGUUUCACUGAUCAUCAGCUUAUUAACGAGCGUAACGAGGUCUUUCUAGUCUGAUUUCUGCAUUUGUAACGUACUUGCAAGCCAAAUGCUUCUUGAAAAGGUGGUCCUUCAAAGCAGUCAUCAGUGAAAAGAACACUGCAAAAUCUCUCAUUCUCUGCACUUGCUUCGUCUAUUGUUGUCCUAAAAGAAAAGUGCACUUUUUGGGGAAUUUUACCCAUCAUCCACAAUUGUGAUGUGAGGCAUGAAGACACGUGGUGUCUGCACCUAUAAAGUUGUCUGAAGAGGUCUCCGAAAAGCAGCAACUACAUAUAAUGUGACGUGCGUAUUAACCAAGCUAGAGCGGCAUUGUUACGCUGAUGGAACUACGUUACUGGCGCACUUUCGCCAUACCAUUCCGAGUAGCUACUAGCAACAACCUUCACCACAGAUUUGCCUGCAGCGCUCAACGCCUCAGACCAAAAGGUAAGGCUACAUAUUCAAGAUGCCGCCAGUGCUGUUGUGUUUUUAUUUUGGGGUUUAAGUUAACGCUAGGUGGAGGUGUUCGUUUCUGCGCUGCCAUGUGAAAUCAAUGCGCCGAGAAAGGAAGUUCCGGUAAUGAAGAAAAUAGUGUAAGUAAUGCAUUCCAUCAUGAACGUCCCUGUUACCACAUGCUCACAGCAUGGAUAUAAAACCAGAAAACCCAAUAGGUGGGUCCCGUUACCUGCGUGAAUUAGCUGCCCCUUUUCAGCUGUUUUUUAGAACGCAAAGAAAAGAAAGACCUAUGUGUUCAUGUCACACAUAAAGAUUGUGGAUGAUGGGCAAAAAAAAAAAAGGUGCUGUUUUCCUUUAAGCCUUCCUCUUUUGGAAAAUAAAAACUUCCAGUAUCACUUGGAUACUGUGAACAUCCAGCAGCAAGGCAAUAUUUUGGCUUGACUGGUAUUUUGAUGAGAAAUAUACUGAACCAGGUUGCCGAUAUACCUUGAGAAGCGUUUGUUUACUCUGCUUGAGCUAAGAGGUGUCACCCCGAUGGCGUCACUUCCGGAAGUGAGACUGAACAGUGAGAGCUAGCUCGCCAUCAACUAUAAAUGACAUUUUUGAGAAUUUACUGUUGACGUUCAACAGUCAAACAACAUAGAACGUCAUCCCAAACAAUGUAUAACAUAACAUUUUUAAGCUAAGUUGAUGAAUCACGUCAGGGACCCUUUAAGGACGGUCCUCUUCAAGCGAUAACCAACAACUAGCUUGCGCACACGGUGCAAACAGUCAUCACACAGAACAACAGGCUUACUCACCGAAAACACCCAACAGGGAAGCUCUAUGUGGUGCUCACAACACACAUUACUUUAUGCUUUGACAUGUACAAAGUGCCCACAAGGCAUGCUGGGUACACCAUCAGCAACUCAUACUAGACACCCCUAAGUCAUUAACUUCAGGUUGGGUUGUUUUUCUUAAAAAGCUCAGUCCACACAAAACUGAUGUUUUUCGUCAUGGCCAAUGAUGCAAGUUAGACGGAUCGGGUUGUUCACCCCCACUGUCCCGCCACAAAGCAGAUGAGUUGCAUGUGGGCUCGGUCACGGCAACGGCGGCCACGCCCUGCGAGCGCUGCAGCAUUCAGUCAUUGCACACGUUGUCUUGCCUCAGGAUAAGCUAACAGUCACGCGUAGCGUCGCGCCAGCCCCCACCAGCAGAUUUUUUCUUCUUUUCUACAAAACACGGAAAGCAAAGUGGUACAACUCUAUGAACUUAGCCACUGUAUUGUAUAGAAAUGUAUGUUCACAACUAUGCUGUUUACGAUGUGCACUUCAAGCAGCAUGAAAUCUCCCCUUCUUCCAAGCCGGAGGGUUGCGUACUGAAACAUGGGGGGAAUCGGGGGCCGUGUUGGAGGUGAAAAGCAACUCAUGUGGAUAUGUUGUAGGUCAGGUGUGUCCAAAGUGCAGCCUGGGGGCCAUUUGCGGCCCGUGGCUGUGAUUUAUCGGCCCGCAGCACAGUCUAAAAUUUAACAUAAUAAAAAACAGCAGCAGCAAAAAUGGGAAAAUCAGUCAAAGGUGAAAAUAUUAAGAGAGUUGUAAUCUUUUUCACAAGAAUGAAGUAAGAGUAUGAGGAAACAUUUCAUUUUAGUAGCAUGAAGUUGAAAUAUGAAAGAAAAAAGGUUGAUUGUCAAAAACAAUGAAUAAAGUUUUUGGAAACUUAGGUUGGGGGGAAAUUUAUAACAUGGGAAUAAAGUCAAAAUAUUAACAGAAGAAAACACAAAAGAAAGUUGAAAUAUUUGGAAAAUUAUUUUUAAAAGUAACAGCAGAAAGUUUACCACAGUAAAGUCAAAAUAUUGUAAAACAAGGAAAAAUAUCAAUUUAGUAACAAUGUUGAAAUAAAGAAAAAGACGUUUUCAAAGAUAAACAAAUGUAGGAACAAAGUAAGAAGUACAGCCGAAAGCCAAAAUGAAAUAGUUGGAAAAUACAAAAAAACACUAGAAAUGGAAAAAACAGCUGUAAUUUGAUGUGAAUAAAGCCUAAAUAUUAAGAAAAAAAGUCAUAAUGGAAUGAAGAACAAGUCGCAAUUUGACAAGAAUAAACUUGUAUUAUUGCAGUUUUUUCUUGAGCUACAUGCACUGUAGCUUCUUAGCAUACCUCCGUGUUGCAAAGUGGUCCUUGCAUCUUUCCUUUUUCAGUAUGUGGCGCUCGCUGGAACGCUGGACACCCCCGCGGUACUUACGAUAUACUCAUGUAGAUAUGCUGUCGAUAGAUGAGGUUACUAUAUACCAUAUGAUACUGUGUCCAAACAUUUUUCCAGCGAGGGCCACAUGGUGAAAAACGAAAGGAUACAACUUUGCCACUUUGAUAUUAUGUACUGUACAUAUGCUAACACUUUGAUAUUAUGUACUGUACAUACUGUAAGCUAACACUUUGAUAUUAUGUACUGUACAUAUGCUAACACUUUGAUAUUAUGUACUGUACAUAAGCUAACACUUUGAUAUUAUGUACUGUACAUAUGCUAACACUUUGAUAUUAUGUACUGUACAUAAGCUAACACUUUGAUAUUAUGUACUGUGCAUAUGCUAACAAUGUAUACUCUACAUAUCAUCUUUGCUAUUAGACAUGUGGUAAAGCCUGUUAUUAAUAGUAGUCUAUUAAUAGUAGUAUGCUAUUCGUACCAACGUCACUCUGUUUUGCUCAUUCUUGCUCUUGUAUUUUUGAAUUUUCCAAAUAUUUCAACUUUUAUCUUCCCAAAUUUUCUUCUCGUAAUAUUAUGAAUUUAUUCCCACAAUUUGAAUUGUCUAACUUUUUCCACAAGCUAAAGUUCCAAAAAUGUCAACUUUAUUUAGUGUUUUUCUUGAAUAUUUCAACUUCAACUGCUGAAUUGAUGUUCCUUUUCCUCAAAAUAUCACACGUUUCUUCUCGGAAAACUGCAACCUUUUCUCCUUAGAAUAUGAAUUUUUUCUCUUAACAUUUUCACUUUGUUCUCAUAGAAUUACACCUGUUUUUUAUUUUGAAAAUAUUUCAAGUUUUAGGAAAUUGCUUCCUUGUAAUUUUGACUAUUUUCAUAACACGUUUUUGCACAAACUAAUUUUCCAAAAAUUACAGCUUUAUUUGUGUUUUUGUUUUCAUGUCACCGCCUGGAAAAAAACAAACAUUUCAGCUUUCUGCGACUAAAAUGAUGUUUUUUCCUUAGAAUAUAAGAUGAAUCUUAUAAAGUUGUACUUCUUUCUCCUUUCCCUGUAUAUGUUGUGUUUUUCCAAUAUGCCGCGGGACAAUAAAAACAAGCUGUGGGCCAAUUGGCCCCCGAGCUGCACCAGAGAGUCAGUACAGCAUUCUUGACUUUGUCAAGCAGAUUGUAAUAAGAAGAAAGAAUCAAAGCAGGGUGAUUGAAGUGAAUUUGAGGUCGCACCUAAUAAAUUGGCAGCUUGUCACCGGUGGAAGCAAAAUGUGAGGCGGAGCACAGCAGCAACGUAGCAAACGUCACAGCACCGUUUCAUUUGCUAACAUUUGUGCUGCACUUUACUUACACUAUGUACUUUUUGCAAGAUAUCAUGUACUUACAACAAUAUACACUAUUUAUGUUAACCACGCAAAUGUACGGGGGGCGGGGGGGUUGGACAAUUGGAUGAAAUGAAAACAAACAUGCUUCUUCCAUCCUGGUGCCACUAAAUCCACACUAGCUUUGCUGAGUGCAGCAGCAGAUCACAUGCGUGUUUAUUUACCUUUUUCUGCUCCAAACAUGUGUGCCUAUGUACUACCGUGUGUGUGUGUGUGUGUGUGUGUGUGUGUGUGUGUGUGUGAGAGACAAACACGAUUAUACUUUGUGUCCCUGCAAUUACAUCACAAUAAAAAAUAGUAUGUUUAUCCCUGAAACGUGUCCAUUUGGGAGAUUGUGCUCUCCAGUGGUCGUAGCAAAUAAAACCACAGAAAGCCAACAAUUGGCAAACCUGAUCAAUUGUAAUCAACAACACAGCAGAUCCCCGCUUUUCACGAGGGUUACGUUCCGGCUCCACCCCCGAAUGGCGAACACCCACGAGUAAUGGAUACGCCCAUAAAAAUGUCUAUUUUUAACACACGGCUCGCUCCUCCCCCUCCAAACCCUCCCACUCGCUUGACGUUGAUGUUCUCCUCCCAUUUCGGAUCAACAUUUGCAAUCAAAGUGAGUGUUGGCGUUAUUAAAUUAGAUCCAGCUUCCCCCCCCCAUGUGCCUCACACGCUUGCUAAGCACAUUUGAAGUGUAAAACGUACGUGACUCGUCACUCAUCCGCGAUAAUGGAAGAUGAUCCAUCAACACGUGGAAUCGGAGGCAACUGCGUCCAAGGACUGCCGCAAAAAGUGAGAAAUUUCAACACCUGAGGAAAAAAAUCAUUUAAAAUAAACCCAACAUUUUUAAUGACAAAACCCACAAACUUGCGGGGCUGUGAAUGCUGAACCGUGAAAGUGCGGGGAUCCUCUGUAAAUUUGACAUUGAUCCAGAGUCUGACUUUGGUAACCAUGACGACUUAACUGGGCUGAUCCAGCUGCUAACGCCAGCGUGACUCACAACGGGUAAAAAGAACAAUACCUCAGCACACAACAAAGCACCUCCGCCCCUACAAGCUACCAGCGUUAGCUAGCAUCACACUCCAAACCGCUAGGGGGCAGCACCUCCACCAAUUGUUACCUUGCAAGCCUGGAUGUGAGGCGUUGACUCACUGCUGCCCCUGGAGGGACUAUGCGGUAUUACAAGAAAAGAUGGCUGUUAAAUUGUUAAAACAUUUCAUCACGCUAUGUACUGUAAGUCAUGUGACUGCAGGGACCAGUGAAGUUGCUCCAUUUGCCUGCACCAGUUUGUUUACAAAAACAACUAAAAAUGUUUUGUGUUUCCAAGUCAGCUUAUCACGGCUUAGUUGUUAGCAUGUAAAUAACUGCUAGCCUGUGCUGAAGAGGCCAUUUUUAUUGUGCUUCAAACGCCAUUUAGUACACGAUGAAGUGAAUAUUUCCUUGGUAAUAUUAUGCAACCACACCUCAGCUGUAUUACAUGGCUGCUCUUUAUCUUUAUGCAUCCUUUUAUGGACGAGCAAUGUUCCAAAGCCCUGAUAAGCUGGCACGCCCAUUUAUUAACAUACACCAAAACAUUUGUACAAAACACCAAGCAAAAAAACUAUCCUGCAUAAGGACAUGAAAAUGUAUACAACAUACACAGACAAACACUACUGUAUAUCUAUCUGAGUGUUUUCUAUGUAUUCCUAUAUGAAGUGGUGUCUUUUCAACUGCACUUGUUCUGUAUGUCCUUUCUAUAACAAGCAGAAUAUAUAUAUAUAUAUAUAGGUAUAUAUAUCUAUAUAUAUAGAUAUAUAUAUAUAUAGAGAUAUAGUUGUUUUUAUUGAUCCCAUGGCUAAAGAGUACCUUCUGUUUCUUUCUUCUAUGACUGUCAAUAUGUGACCCAAGUACCUUUGAUUGUUUGGAGUGUGAGAAUAAAGCAGUAAAUAAGAACUCCUUACGUCUGUCUUUAACAUCGUCCACAAACCUUCUUUUCCUGUUCACGUCUUGUCUGUUUUGUUUUUUUUAUUAUUAUUAUUUAUAAACUAACUGUAAUGCUACGACCUGGUGGCGUUAGCAUUGGCGGCUAAAAGCGUAUCUCUUGUUUCGAAACAUUUUGCUUGAAAUGUCAACUGUGUGAUGCGUUUAGCGGAGCAAUUUCACCACAUUUCCCAACAAUAAUGAUCAUGAAUUACGGCAGCUGGUGUGGUUUUGACCGUGUGCUAACAUUAGCUACGCAGCUAGCAUCUAACAGUAAGUUAGCGCGUUAGCUUGAAUGUGCAGUUUAUCCCCGCAUAUUGGCAAUUCAGCAUUGGCAAUCCCAUAAAUACUCCAGAGUUUUGAUCCCAACAUUUGGUUAUUUUUGGGAAUGAUCUUAUUUAAUGGUCGAAAAAACAUCUCAAUUGCCCUACAUUGGUCAAAGUUUGAGUUGCAUAGAAAGUAGUGCGUUUGAACUCACUACUUGCCGAUACCUCACUCACGGUGCAACCACAAAGUCACACAAUGUAAGUGUACCACACAUCAAAAUAGACGCUUACACACUAAUAUACAUGCUAAAUAAUGCUAUUUUAUUCUUAAUGCUAUACAUGCCGGGGAGCAAGCUUGUGUUAUUUUUGGUUGCACCGUGAGUAAGGCCCUUCCCAAGCACUUGGAUGUACGGUACCGCUACAGACAUAGCGCUACAGACAUACGCUACAGACAUAGCGCUACAGACAUAGCGCUACAGUCAUAGCGCUACAGACAUAGCGCUACAGACAUAGCGCUACAGACAGCGCUACAGUCAUAGCGCUACAGUCAUAGCGCUACAGACAUAGCGCUAGAGACAUAGCGCUACAGACAUAGCGCUGGCUUGACUACAGCGUCAAAAAUAGACAUUUUUAUGUGCGUCUCAGUUACUUGCGUUAUUUUUUGCUAUUCCCGGGUGGUCUCAGGAAUAAGAAGGAAAUACUGCACGGAGGAUGCAGGCGAGUGCCGUCGGUUUAACAUUGGCGCUAAUUCUUGUCUUCGUAAAGGCAUACGUGUUAGCAAAGAGAGGUUUUAGCUUCCGCUCUGACCGGAUCAGAACCAGACUGAGACUUGCUUAGCAGAUGUGUGCUCAGAUAGAGGAGGCGGUGGCGCUAACAUGCGCACGGACGCUGAUUGAAUGCGCCACUUGCUUGACUGUCUGUCUCUGGCUUGGGAGUUCGGGGGGGGCGGGGCGGGGCCAGGCACUACAAAGCCGCGCCAAGUUAAAUCUUUCAUUUUGAUUUAGUUAUUUAUAGACGAGCGCUGCACAGAGACUGCUCGGGAUCGCCGCAAAUUAGCCAGCAUCUGUCGUGACGAGGGUCCCGGGACGCUCGGCGGCGGCGGCGCCGUCCCUCCCCCCUCCUCCUCCUCCUCCUCCUCCUCCUCCGCUUCCACACGGCGAGACUUUUCACUUUGCACUGCCAAAAGUUUGCAUGACGACAGGGCGCUCUGAUGUUCCGUCCGGGGGGAGCAGUCGCACUUAGCGUUAAAGAGCCGCGUUACAACUUUGUGCUUUGGAGUCACGACCUUACGCUGAAAACUUCAAGCCGGCCUUUUUACUCCGUACGUUGCCGCAUGUCGCAACAAGACCGACAGUGGAACCUCGGUUUUUGUUAUUUUGUUCCAAAAGGUAAACGUACAUAAAACCCAAGUGUUCUUCCCCCACAGCAAAUAAUGCCAAUCCAAUUCAUCCGUUGUAGACCACAAAAGAAACUUUGUACAGAGGAUAGAAAACGAAGCAAGAUCAUACACGAGGAACCAAUUGCUGGCACUCGCAACUUUCUUUGGCCCCAUGGUGGGUUAUUCAGCAGUCAUGAUCAAUAAAGAAAUACGGAGAGGCGGCAAGGCGUCGGCCGCUUGGUUUGGGCGGAACGACACAGUACCGGGCAAGAUGCAAUAAUGUAUGAUAACCAAGGCCGUGUAUGAAAACCAAAUCGUCUGACAAGUGGGGGCGAGCUUUGACAGCAGCUGAACAACCAAGACGUGACGACUCACCUUUUCCUCGCUUGUCUCCUUGU